AUGACGGACCAGACGAAAUCGAAACAGCAGCUGAUGGAGCACAUCCGGCUACUUCACGCCAGAAACAAAGAAAUGGAGGACAAGAACUUGUUCCUCCAAAUGAGAAUGAAGCUCGUGAUACGGGAACGGCAAAAGUUGCACCAGAGGUAUCACAGGAUGAGCGAGCAGUGGGAAGAUGCCAGGCUUCUGACCGAGACUAUGCGCGCCGAUUUCGAGAAGAACAUAUCGGCAGUCGAAGUGCUCCUCGACGAGAUGCCGCCGCGUCCUCCUCCGAAAGAUGAGCCGCAGACGUUGUGGCAUUAUCCCGAAGGACAUCCACGAGGUGAGCAUCUCCUUGUGCCGUACAAUUGCUUAGAAAAAUGA